AAGUCCUGGCAAAGGUACAUUUCAGUCAGCUGUUCAGUCAUUUUAGUCUACCCUAUUUUUACAUGAAAUGUUUUAUUUAUAGAUUAAAUUAUUAAAUACUUUUUCAUUUUACCAUGUUUCGUAGUCGCCGGUUAUGUGGAUUAUUAUGGCGUCAUGGAAAACAUGGAAAACUGGAUUAUGCAAGACCUUGUCUAGCCAAUGUGAGAUUUAUAAACGCACGAGACGAUAGUACGGUAACCAUCGACCAAGAUAGCUACGUAAAAAAGUUUAUGAAUGCUGUAGGAUGGAUGGAUCACUCGAGAACUCGCCUAAAACUAACAGGUUAUUUUCUAUAUGAAAGUGUACCAGACAAAGUAUCUUACACAGAAUGGUUUCAAACAUUAAAUCUUCCUGAUACAUUCGCAUCCUGGUUUGCGGUCACGGAAUUACAUGUCUGGCUUUUAAUGGUACGAUAUAUGGCUGAAGAUUUGACAUCAACAAGUAAUGAAAAGAAGAAAUAUGUAAAAGGUGACGGCCAUUUUGUAAGAAAUUGCAUCAUAGAGGCUCUUUGGGCUGAUGUUGGAAAUAGAAUAAAACUAUUAGAGGGAGCAAAUCCAGCAAUAGCAAGAAAACAAGUGACAGAAUUAUCAGAGCAAUUCCAAGCUGCUCUAGUUGCGUAUGAUGAGGGUCUAAAUGAUGACCGUAUACUCGCUUCUGCUGUAUGGAGAAGACUCUUCAACUUAAAUCAAAAUACCAAUGCUGAGAACAUAGAAAUUGUUGUUCAUUUUAUCAGGCAUCAGAUUGUACAACUCGACAAAGUACCCAGUAAGGACUUAAAAUGGAAACCUGCGAUUUCUUGGUUAAGCAUAAAAGAUCAUUAGAAAUAAAUUUAAUUAUAUUUGUUUACAAUUGUUUGUUUGUAAAAUAAUGUCAUUAUUAACAAAUAAAAUAUCAUAAAAAGAAAUUUGAUUACAAAACGGAAGUCUUUUGUACGUAUUUUCAU